AUGUUGUGGCUAACCAUCACCCUGAUCAUCACAGCGGGAUUCUUAGGUUGGCAGUACUGGAGAUGGAGACACAGACGUAUGCUGGAGCUUGCAGCGAGACUGCCUGGUCCACCAGCAUUGCCCAUACUUGGGAAUGCCCUCAGUUUCAUGUUUAAUCCUGGAGAGUUCCUGAACAAAGUCGACGUAUUCAUGGAGACGUACGGUGAAGUCUUUAGGUUCUGGCUGGGUCCAGAACUCAACAUUGUUGUGAAAAACCCAACAGAUAUACGUGCCUUACUAUCCAGUAAUAAAGUGAACCAGAAAGGACCAUUGUAUGAGUUCCUGGUACCUUUCAUCGGCUAUGGCAUUUUAUCUGGAGGUCCAAUAUGGCGCUCUCACAGAAAAAUAGUGACUCCUUCGUACAACAAGAAGUGUGUGGAUAACUUCUCUCCAAUCUUCAACAGGGAGGCUGAGGAGCUGGCCAGGGUUAUCUGCAAGAAAGACCCGAAGAGAAGUUUUGAUAUCUACAAAGAUGUCGUCAGAUGCACCACGCAGAGUGUUAACCAAACACUGAUGGGGUUAUCUAAAGAGGACUCCCAAAACCUGUACAGAAUGGAUGAGAUGUUAUGGGCCACACAAAAAAUGUACGGUCUAAUCUUCGAGAAGAUGACAAAAUGGUGGUUACACAUACCGAUUAUUUACUGGCUGCUUGGCAAAAAGAAGCAGCAGGACUACUAUGUGAAGUUGAUAGAUGAAUUGAUGGCAGACAUCGUGAGACGGAGGAGGAAAGCCUUGGAGGUAUCCGUGCCUGGUGAGGAGUAUAUGGGCAUCGUGGACAGAUAUAUCCUCUCUGGAGAACUUACCGAGAAGGAGAUUCAGAGUGAGACCAUGACUCUGUUUACUACGAGCCAAGAGGCAGCUGCUAAGAUGGCGUCAGGAGUGAUCAUGUUCCUAGCUCAUUUACCGGAUUGGCAGGAUAAAGUGUACAAAGAGAUGAUGGAAGUCGUCGGAGCUGACGGUCCAGUCACCAACGAGCAGCUGAAGCAACUGGAGUACCUGGACAUGGUGUACAAGGAGACACUGCGGUAUUUCUCCAUAGCUGCUCUGAUACAGAGGACUGUGGUGGAAGAAAUUACUAUUCAAGACGGUAGUAUAACCCUCCCAGUGGGCACAUCGUUGGUGAUACCGAUCCACAACCUCCAUCGUGACCCUCGUUUUUGGGAGGAUCCUCACAGGGUGAUGCCGGAGAGGUUUCUUCCGGAGAACGUGAAGAAACGAGACCCUAACGCCUUCGUGCCUUUCAGUUUGGGACCUAUGGACUGUUUAGGUAAUUGUAGUAUUUUUAUCUAUUUUAUGAAGUUGGAGCCUGCUGGGACCCUCGACAAUAUAAAGUUAAACGUCGCCAUCUCCGUGUCCUGCGCCAAUGGAUAUAAUAUUAAGGCUAGACCUAGGAACGGUAGAAUAAAUGAAUUAUCAUGA